UUUAAAUUUUGUGUGAAAAUGGAAGAUUUCCAAUCAUUAAUGCCAGAAUGCUCAUCUGCUGAGUCAGACAUCUCGAAUCAAGAUAUGGAUGAGAUCCCAGAGAGUGACAGCCGCUAUUUGUACGACUCAGACUACAUGGACGAGCCAGUGCAGAAAGUAGGAGACUAUACAGAGGUAUGCGCCCCAAACAAAGUGUCUAAGGAGAUUCUUAAGGUUGGAACUGGAGUUAGAUAUCCUAAUAACCAGUUCCUGUGUAAAUGUAAGUACAAAAUGUACUUCUUCGACCACACUCCAAUUGAAGACACUAAUGGAGAAGUAGUAGAUAUCGUUCUUAAUGACAAGCAAUGGCCUGAAGGACUCAGGAUGGGUCUCGGAAAGAUGCGUAAAGGAGAAAUUUCAAAGAUCAAAAUGAGAAAAAGCUAUGGAUUUGGCACUUCUCUUGAUCCUGAAUUGCUCAGGAUCCCAGAAUCAUGCAAAGAAGGGGAAAAUUUACAAAGAAUCCAAACUAAAGGUGUUAUCUACGAGAUUGAACUCGUAGACUGGAGGAUCAGAGAUGAUGUCUCUAAUGACGGCAAACUUGUUAAGUUCGUUGAGAAGAGAUCUAAAGAACCAAUGGAUAAACCCAAUGGCAUCGAUGAAGUCUUCAUUGACAUAAAAAUCUACCAGAAAGAGCCAGCUACGACAAUAUUUUUCGAAAAGACUGAAUGGAGAGUCCUCAUGGAUCAUGAUCAAAUUACAAACUGCGGUAGAAAAAUUAUUGAGACCAUGAGAGUAGGUGAGAUAGCAGAAGGAGUAGCAGUUCCAGAAUACUUCAUCGAACAUGAUAAAGAAAUGGUCAAAAAGUUAGGCAUCAACGAGUACCAACCUCUCUACAUCAGGAUUGAACUCAGAGACUUUGUCACCAUCAUCGACUGGUAUAAUGACAGAAAGACUUUAAGGAGAUGUCUUAAGAAAGGAUUCAAAAGAGUUCCAUUUUACGAAUCGACCGUAGAAUUAAGAAUGAAAAUCGACAUCAAUGGAGAAACAAAAAUGGAUACUCUCUUUGAUGUAGAUGAAAUCAACAUUCACUCAGUGAACAUGAGAGAGAGGAGAGAGAUUGAGAAACUCAGAAAACAGUUAGAAGGUCUUAAGGUCGAAGAGAUUCAAGAAGGAGUUGAAAGCCAAAGAGAAAUAAUUGAGAAAGAAAUUGCUGAAAAGGAAGAGAGUCUAAAGCCUAUUACAUUCAAAAAUGAGUCUCAGAACUUCUUGCUUUAUGAAUAUACUCUUCCAUCUUUGAUCGGAAAAGUAGUGAAGACUAUGUACAAAGACGAAAUCUCAGAAAUCAAAACUAAUAGGGUAGAUAAGUUAACAAACAAUUUCUCUGAUAAACUGAUUGAUAAGAGCUGGUUUGAUAAAAAUAAAGAAUAUGAGAUUGUAAUAACAAUCCAUCUGCUCGAUUUCGAUCAGCCAGAAGCAUUUUUCAAACUCCCUAUUAAACAGAAAGUUGAAAGACUUCUAGAUUUCAAAAGGAUAGCCACUGAUUUCUUUAAAGCCACUAAACUAAAGAAUCACAUUAAAAAGGCAUGAAAAAUGUAUCAGAAAAUUAAUGGAUAUUUUAACUUUGGAGACGCCAACAAUAACUUUUUAAAAGAAGAUGAAGAAAGCGAGGAGUUUAAGAAGUACUACAAGGAGUUAUGGGACCUAAAAGAGCCAUGCUUUAUGAACGUAGCAGUAUGAAAAUACAAAAUGAAAGAAUACGAGAGUAUUAUUGACAUCACUAACCAAGUCAUUGACUAUAAGCCAGAUUGCUUGAAAGCUUGGUACUUCAGGGGAAAAGCUUUCUAUGAGAUGCAAGAAUACGAUCAAGCUGUGGAAGCCUUUGAGAACGCACUUAAAGUAGAUCCAAAGCAUAAGCCUUCUAAGAAGGAAUUAGAGGUGGUCAAAAAGAUCAGAGCUGAUUUCAUUGCAAAAGAGCAUAACAAAUACAAACAUAUAUUUGAAGAAUAAAACAACUCAAUAAUUCA